UUCAGUGUCGAGCCUGAAAGCGGAGGACUGAAGGAGCAGGAGCCGACAGACGGACGAGAGUCGCAGCUAAAACAGACCUCCUCCUCUUUUAUUAUCGCUCCUUCGGACCGGCGACCAACGGCGCUAACGGCCGCUUUGAUCCGCGCUGCGAGUCAACGGUCGCUAACGGUCGCUAACGGUCGGUUUGAGGACUUCCACUGAGCUCUCGGCGGUUUGAUUUUUGAUGGUUUUUUUUUCCUCCAUUGUUUGUCGAAGUUUCCGACUGUCACGUCUCAGUCGCGGACCUUUACCUCGACUGUCUGUGGGAUUAAUCGUUUUAAUUCAAGACCCGAAGAACUGAACACUUCUCUACUUUCUGUUUUCGGAGGGGUUUUUUUUUUAUCCACCCUCUUAACGGAGCGGUAACGGGAACACUUGGACCUGCCUUCGCCAUGGGGAAAUAACGGGGCUCUCUCUGUAACCCACCAGGCACCAGCACCGUGUUUCUGACUGUUCAUGCUCAUUUCUAGAAGACAGGGCUCGGCGUGUUGACCAAAACAAUGAGCAUGGAUGGCUGUCCGCUGCAGCUGGUGAUUUUCCUGUGGUGUCUGCUGGUGAUUUCGGGCUCCAGCUUUGAGAUCGGCUCCUACGACCUGGAGCGAGGCAGACCGGCCAAGUGCGAGCCCAUCGUGAUCCCCAUGUGCGAGGGGAUCGGCUACAACCUGACCCGGAUGCCCAACUUCAUGGACCACGACGACCAGAAGGAGGCUGCCAUCAAGCUGAACGAGUUCGCCCCUCUGGUGGCUUACGGCUGCGAUGUGCACCUCCGCUUCUUCCUCUGCUCCCUGUACGCCCCCAUGUGCACGGACAAAGUGUCGACCUCCAUCCCCGCCUGCAGACCCAUGUGUGAGCAGGCCAGGGAGAGGUGCGCCCCCAUCAUGAAGAAGUUCAGCUACACCUGGCCGGACUCGCUCGACUGCUCCAAGCUGCCCACCAGGAACGACCCCAACGCCCUGUGCAUGGAGGCCCCCGAGAACGAGACCAGGACGGAGGGCAAGAAGGGCGAGGGCAUGCUCCCGGUGCCCCCUCGCCCCCGGCAGCCGGGCUCCAGCGGCGGGCGAUCUCCGGGGAACAUGGGUUCCUGCGAGAACCCGGACAAGUUCCAGUUUGUGGAGAAGAGCCAGUCGUGUGCGCCGCGCUGCUCCCCUGCCGUCGACGUCUUCUGGUCCAGGCAGGACAAGGACUUCGCCUUCAUCUGGAUGACGGUGUGGUCGGUCCUCUGCUUUGUCUCCACCGCCUUCACCGUCCUGACCUUCCUCCUGGAGCCUCACCGCUUCCAGUACCCCGAGCGUCCCAUCAUCUUCCUCUCCAUGUGCUACAACGUCUACUCCGUGGCCUUCAUCAUCCGCUCGGUGGCCGGGGCCGAGAACAUCGCCUGCGACCGGGAGAACGGCGAGCUCUACAUCAUCCAGGAAGGUCUGGAGUCGACGGGCUGCACCAUCGUCUUCCUCAUCCUCUACUAUUUCGGCAUGGCCUCGUCCAUCUGGUGGGUCAUCCUCACCCUCACCUGGUUCCUCGCCGCGGGGAAGAAGUGGGGCCACGAGGCCAUCGAAGCCCACAGCAACUACUUCCACAUGGCCGCCUGGGGCAUUCCCGCUCUCAAGACCAUCGUCAUCCUCACAAUGAGGAAGGUGGCUGGAGACGAGCUGACCGGGCUGUGCUACGUGGGGAGCAUGGACUCGGGGGCGCUCACCGGCUUCGUGCUCAUCCCGCUGUCCUGCUACCUGAUCAUCGGCACCUCCUUCAUCCUCACCGGCUUCGUGGCUCUCUUCCACAUCCGCAAGGUGAUGAAGACGGAGGGCACCAACACGGAGAAGCUGGAGAAGCUCAUGGUGAAGAUCGGCAUCUACUCCAUCCUCUACACGGUGCCGGCCACCUGCGUCAUCGUCUGCUACUUCUACGAGAGGCUGAACAUGGACUACUGGAAGCUGAGGGGGCUGCAGGUGAAGUGCGGCUCGUUCAACGGGCUCAGCAGCGACUGCUCGCUGCACACGUCCGUGCCCACGGUGGCCGUGUUCAUGCUGAAGAUCUUCAUGUCGCUGGUGGUCGGCAUCACCAGCGGGGUGUGGGUGUGGAGCUCGAAGACCCUGCAGACCUGGCAGGGCCUGUGCAGCAGGAAGCUGACGGACAGGACUAGAAGCAGGAAGCCCUGCAGCGGCGUCAGCUGCGGCAGCACACACUGCCACUACAAAUCUCCUGCGGUGGUUCUGCACAUGGCCAAGACGGACCUGCACUCAGACAACCCCACGCACGUCUGAGAGGGAGGCGGGACACACACACACACACACACACACCUGCACACUGAUAAACACACACACACACUUACGCCCUGAGUAAGGAGCUGCUAAAGACUUUGUGAGAAGUUGAAGUGAACUGUCAGUGACUGCUCUGCUGCUGCCAAGGGACACACAGGUCGGGACGGACUCACUAUGAGAAACUAUCUAUAAACAGUAUUCAGUGCAUAAAGGGAAGUGUUCAGUAUUGUUAUCCACAUGUUUCUGUUUCAUCUGUGCCGUGGACAUGCGCAGUGCUUCAAAGCAAAAAUAAAGAUUAAAGAAGAAGACUGUUACGGGAAAUAGUCUGUCUCCUCCCUGAGAGUGGCACGAUCAACUGUAUAAAUCUGUAUAAAUGUUUUAUUUAUUGUAAAUAUAUUUAAUUUAAAGUUUGCUCUUCUCAGAUGUGUUUGUUUAGAUGCAUUUAUUAAAAAGGUAAAGGGAAAUUAAGUGCCUUUUAUAAGAACUCUGGUUCUGGCCUCCUGGAGGAUAAUAAAUCUUGUGGAAUUCAUGUUGAGCAUCUUCA